CCGCUACUAAUCUUCAGGAACCACGCUAGGCCCGGUCAACUCCGCCCUCCUCCGGGCUUCCCGCCAAGACGCCCACAUCAGCUCAGCCAGCAUCACGCUGGCCCUCCAUCAACCUCCUUAAACCGAGGUGGGAACUUUCACCUCAUGACGCAGCAAUCCUAGCCCCGCCCCCACGGACCACUCCCUUUCUGGAGAGCAGCCAGCUGGUACCCAAGAGUCCACACAUUCUCAGGACAAUUGGUUACUCAACAGUAACAUCCCCCUAGAGACGAGAAACAUAGCAAAGCAGACAUUCCUAGAGACAUUGCAGGACAACCUCAUUGAGAUGGACAUUCUAACUUCCUCCCGACAUGACGGUGCAUACAAUGAUGGGCACUUUCUGUUCAAGCCGGGCGGGACCUCUCCCCUCUUUUGUACGACGUCGCAGGGUUACCCCUUGACAUCCAGCACUGUUUACUCGCCUCCUCCUAGACCCCUUCCCCGAAGUACGUUCUCUAGGCCAGCCUUUAACCUGAAGAAACCCUACAAAUACUGCACCUGGAAAUGUGCCGCCUUGAGUGCCAUUAUCGUCUCCGCCGCGCUGGUGAUACUGCUGGCAUAUUUUAUCGCCAUGCACCUGUUUGGUCUAAACUGGCACCUGCAGCCGAUGGAAGGGCAGAUGUAUGAGAUCACGGAAGAUACGGCCAGCAGUUGGCCAGUGCCAACGGACGUCUCCUUAUAUUCCUCAGGGGGCACAGGGUUAGAAUUACCUGACAGGAAAGGCAAAGGAGCCGGCGAAGAAUGUUAUGCUAACAACUGCUGUUUCUCCAUGUUCGCUCUUUUGCAGGGAUCUGGAGUCCCCAAACAUGCUGAGUUUGUGGGCACUUUCAAGUGGGUACUGGAUGCCACCAUUGGAUGGGCACCAUAUAAGACGAAACUUCCCACAAAACAGCUGCCGUGA